UUCACAUUUUCAUUUAUCUUCUUCUAAUAUUCGCCUCUUACCUCAAUGGUAUCAGGUCCACUGCUACUCCAAACAACAACAUCACCAACACAGACUCUACACGAUGGAGGGCCAAGAUCUCUCCCCAUCCCACAUCGACACAUCUCGACCAUCCCUCGGCUUCCCCUUGGGCACUGCCCUCCUCUUGAUCAUAAUCUUCAGCCUCAGCGGCAUGUUCUCCUGCUGCUACCACUGGGACAAGCUACGCUCUUUUCGCCAAUCUCUCUCUCAUCCACACCCUCAACCCUCCCUCACCCAAUCCCAACCCUCCAUGGUUAAGCAAAACAAAGGUCAGAGCUUGCCAGUGUUGAUGCCUGGGGAUGAACUGCCCAAGUUCAUAGCCAUGCCUUGCCCGCGCCAACCUUCGCGCCCGGAUACCAUUGUUGUCACCGUCGACAGCCCGCCCCUCAAACCGCCGCAGCCGGUGGCGCCUUUCUGUUAGUUAUUACCAACAAAGCCAUGUUAACCACCGUUGGUCGGUGCUGUGUGUAAAUAUGUUUAUAUAUAUGCAUGAUGUUGCCACCAUUUGGUGAAGAUGCAAGAUAAAAACAAAAAACAACGUGGGUACCAGGUCAAUUCCCAGAUCGUGA